AUGUGUCCAGAGGUAUUCAAGGAGAGGAGGGAGUUAGAUGAUGAGACGAAAACGCUGACGUUUAGGGGACUUGAAGGUCAUGUAAUGGAGCAGCUCAAAGUUUAUGAGGCCAACUUCCAAUUUAUUCCCAAAUCUGAGGAUGGUUGUAUCUGCAAAAUCACUCUUAAUUGGGAGAAGCACAACGAUGAGUUCCCUGAUCCCAGCAACUACAUGAAGUUCAUCAAGAGCUUGGCUGCUGACAUGGACGAUCAUGUCAUCAAUACUUUCAUUACCAUGCACCACCAUGCACCAUCACUAUUUCGAUUAUCAAGUAAUAAGUUGUUUAAUUAA